AUGACCUGUUGUUUCAGUACCCUGAAAGAGAAUGAGGAGGCUGUGAUUAAAACGUUCUCUCCCUCGGAGGCUGUAGUUGACUUUGAUCCUCUGACAGAUGACUUCUUCACAAAGCCAGUAUUAUUGGACAAAAUUGCCAGUAUUGGGCAGAGACUUGCCAGUCCAGAAUUCCAGCCAGAGGAGGCAGGGUCCUUGCAUCCUCGCCACAAGCAUUUGCUGAUCCGCAGGUCACUUAGGUGUAAGGAAUGUGAACACAACUUGAGCAAACCAGAAUUUAAUCCAGUUUCUAUAAAGUUUAAGAUCCAGUUGAUAGCACUACUUCAUGUUCCAGAGAUAAGAAUUUUUUCGCCUACAGAACUUAAACACAAAAAGGAGUGUAAGAUUGUGUUGUCCGUGUGUAACCCUGCUGGGUACAACACAACUGUCAGUCUACUACCCGUAAAGGAACAGGACGACUACAGCAACUCAAAGGUAGGCUUACA